UCAAUUCGCGCCGAUAAACGGGGGCUUCUUUGCUCCUCCAUACAGUUAAAGGCCGCUCCCUAUAUCAAACAAGCAUUAAACCUUGUUACUGUGACAUACUUGGCCAGUUACAGUUGUAUAUACAUAUCGUUAAUCGUUAAAAAACAAUUAAAACUGUCAAAGUUACGUACAUUCCAAUCAAAAACUGACAUUUUCCUCGCCAACGUUCACAGUUUUCUAAUAACAAUGGUUUACACACUCUCGCCGUUUUUCCGCUCGCCAUGGACAGACCUGACGGGAGGGUUGAUCUCCCACCAGCUCUUUGGACGUUGCGCAACCAGGGAGAUGGACAUGAUGGACUGCCUGGAGGCGUAUGGGCUGGACCGCGGCAUGAGGAAGUGCAAGGACCUGAUAGAUGAGUUCAAGGAGUGUCAUAUGUUGACUUUACAGUUUAAGAGGUUCUAUGCGAUGCGAUCCGAACGCGAACGGCAAAUAGAAGAGGGAAAAUUGAAAGGAGAGUGCCGAUAUGUGACCCCUAAAAUAGAUAGUUUCUGAGUUACGAAUACAGAGCACAAUCUUCUUGUAUUUAGGUAUUUUGCUUAAAGUUUUACGGAAAUAUACGGGUAUUUUUAAAAGUUAAA